ACACUCCACACACACACAUGCUCCUUCUCUCUCUCAAUAUCUUGCAUUAGCUAAUAAUAAAACUCUUUUUUCACAUUUCUCUAUUCUUAAAUAUAAAAUCUUUUUAGAUACCUUUCAGACUCUUUUCCAAAAUAUAUAUAUUUUUAUAUUAUUAUUAAUGAAAAAAAUAAACUUGGAAUGCAUUUAUAUAAAAAUGUAAUUUAUUAAUAAUGAUAUAUAAAUGAAAGUUGUAGUCCUCCAUAGCAAUGGCAAGCAAUUACUAAAAAGCAUUCCGAAUCUGAUUACUUAAUUAGUUAGUAGUAUAAUUAUUGUAAUCUUUGAUUGCAAAUCACAUCACUAAACACGGCAAUCUGUUGUUGAUUAGAAGAAAAUGUGGAAGCUGAAGGUUGCAGAGGGAGGAAGUCCAUGGCUUCGUACAUUGAACAAUCACGUUGGAAGACAGAUAUGGGAGUUCGAUCCUCACCUUGGAUCCCCACAAGAUCUCUUCGACGUUGAAACUGCUCGCCGCAAUUUUCACGAUAAUCGCUUCACCCACAAACACAGCUCCGAUCUACUCAUGCGCCUUCAGUUUGCAAAAGAGAACCCAAUCGACCAAUUAUUGCCCAAAGUCAGAGUCAAAGAUGUCGAGGAUGUAACUGUAGAGACUGUCACAACAACAUUAAGAAGGGCCAUGAGUUUCUAUUCAACUCUCCAGAGUCAUGAUGGACACUGGCCAGGAGAUUAUGGAGGUCCAAUGUUUCUUAUGCCUGGCUUGGUAAUUGCUCUAUCUGUCACUGGGGCUCUGAAUGCAGUCUUAACAGACGAGCAUAGAAAGGAAAUGUGCCGUUACCUCUAUAAUCAUCAGAACAAGGAUGGUGGGUGGGGUUUGCAUAUUGAAGGUCCAAGCACCAUGUUUGGUUCUGUUUUGAGUUAUGUUACUCUACGAUUGCUUGGUGAGGGGCCUAAUGACGGAGAAGGUGAAAUGGAGAAGGCACGCGACUGGAUUCUUGCUCAUGGUGGUGCUACUUUUAUAACAUCAUGGGGAAAGAUGUGGCUUUCAGUACUUGGAGUGUAUGAAUGGUCUGGAAAUAAUCCCCUGCCUCCUGAGAUAUGGCUCCUUCCAUACAUGCUUCCAGUUCAUCCAGGAAGGAUGUGGUGUCACUGCCGGAUGGUCUAUUUGCCAAUGUGCUACUUGUAUGGCAAGAGAUUUGUUGGUCCAAUCACGCCAACAAUAUUAUCUUUGAGAAAAGAGCUUUAUACCACAGCAUACCAUGAUAUAGACUGGAAUCAGUCUCGCAAUUUGUGUGCAAAGGAAGACUUAUACUAUCCUCACCCACUUGUGCAAGAUAUUCUUUGGGCAUCUCUACACAUGUUCGUUGAGCCUAUUUUCAUGAACUGGCCUGGCAAAAAGUUGAGAGAAAAGGCUCUUAAGACUGUAAUCGAGCAUAUACAUUAUGAAGAUGAGAAUACUCGUUAUAUUUGCAUAGGUCCUGUAAAUAAGGUGUUAAAUAUGCUUUGCUGUUGGGUAGAAGAUCCAAAUUCAGAGGCCUUCAAGCUGCAUCUUCCUAGGAUCUAUGAUUAUCUAUGGGUUGCUGAAGACGGCAUGAAAAUGCAGGGAUACAAUGGAAGUCAACUAUGGGAUACUGCAUUUGCUGCCCAAGCAAUUAUUUCAACUAACCUAAUUGAUGAAUUCGGUCCAACUCUAAGAAAAGCUCAUACAUACAUUAAGAACUCACAGGUUUUAGAAGAUUGUCAGGGUGAUCUUAGUAAAUGGUACCGUCACAUUUCAAAAGGUGCUUGGCCUUUUUCAACUGCAGAUCAUGGAUGGCCAAUAUCUGACUGCACAGCUGAAGGACUGAAAGCUGCUCUAUUGCUAUCUAAAAUUACGCCGGAGGUUGUUGGUGAACCUUUGGAUGCAAAAAGAUUAUAUGAUUCUGUAAAUGUCAUUCUCUCAUUACAGAAUGAAGAUGGUGGCUUUGCAACAUAUGAGCUCACGCGUUCUUAUAACUGGUUGGAGAUAAUCAAUCCUGCUGAAACGUUUGGCGACAUCGUCAUUGAUUAUACCUAUGUGGAAUGUACUUCAGCAGCAAUUCAAGCUUUGACAACAUUUAGGAAACUAUUUCCUGGGCAUCGUCAAGAAGAAAUACAAUGCUGUAUAAAAAAAGCUGUAGACUUUAUUGAAAAAAUACAAGCUUCAGAUGGAUCAUGGUAUGGUUCAUGGGGAGUUUGCUUCACUUAUGGCACUUGGUUUGGGGUAAAAGGGCUGAUUGCUGCUGGAAAGAGUUUCGAUAAUUGCUUAAGCAUACGUAAAGCUUGUGAAUUUCUGCUGUCUAAACAGCUCCCGUCUGGUGGUUGGGCGGAGAGUUAUUUGUCAUGUCAAAACAAGGUGUACUCAAAUUUGGAAAACAACAGGUCCCAUGUAGUAAACACUGGCUGGGCUAUGCUGGCUCUCAUUGAUGCUGAACAGGCUAAGAGAGAUCCAACACCACUGCAUCGUGCAGCUGUAUUCUUGAUAAAUUCCCAAAUGGAGAAUGGUGACUUUCCGCAAGAGGAAAUAAUGGGAGUCUUCAACAAGAAUUGCAUGAUCACUUAUGCUGCUUACAGAAACAUAUUCCCCAUUUGGGCGUUGGGAGAAUACCGUCAACGUGUAUUGCAGGCCUCUUAGCCGACCUCUUAACCAAUGUUUGGAUCUGCUUUUGCAAUUAAAAUCUCACUUUCCAAUGCGCCUUUAACGUGAAAAUUGUGAAGCUAGAAAGUCUAGCUUUUAUCUCAUCGCACGGCUGCGGACCAGUAACUGUGGAAACAAACACCUACUUAAUCUCGUUUUAGUUAGGAUGGCAUCCAAAUAAUUAUCAUUCUCCAUGGUUCUUUCUCUUCCGGAAAAAGUUUAUGACUUAUGAGUUUGGUAUCUUGCUAACCAGAGCAAACUUGUGCGGAGGAUCGAAGUGUAUAAGCUCUUUCUAUUACUCGUUAGCGGCUCUAUAGUCUCUUUGCUUUCCCUGUAGCAGAUGAACUAAAUAUAUAGAAAAACGUUUGUGCCGUCCUUCUUUUUAGCACAAGGAGCACAGUUAUGUAAUGUCUGAGAAAUGUGUGGGGUCAAAAAGAAAAAUUUGUGCAGUUGAUCCAAUGGACAGGGAAGAAAUUUUAACGUGGUUGUUUUGUAAGGAGAAAGGAAGAAAAAAAAAUUGAGUUUGCUUAAAAUAAAAUUUAUUUUAAUCAUGAUUAAAAAGAUCAUUUAUAUUAA